GUCGCCACCUCCGCAACUCCGCAACUCUUACUUCCGCAAAGCGGACUUCUUGUCUCCCAGGCCGACGGACAGCUGGUCUACUACCCCGCGGGUGUUCGGCCGGCCGCUGGCCUCAUCUCCGACACCGCCCCCGUCACUAACGCCAUUGUCUCGAGUCAGCGCGCGCUCUCUUCCACCAACAACUCCAACUCCUCCUUCUCCUCCUCCUCCUCCUCCUCUUCCUCUUCCUCUUCCUCUUCCUCUUCCUCCUCUUCAUCCUCCUCCUCCUCAUUAUCCUCCUGCUCUUCUUCUGUCGGCCCCGCCUACGGUCUCUCAGGCAGCGAUUCCGGUCUCGGCUCCACAGCCUCCUCUCCACGGCCCUCUGCAGCUGUGGUUGCCAUGGCGGCAGCUUGUGCUGCUGCCGUCUACACCGGAGGCCGGGGGAGCGGUGUGGAGGCCGGCUGGGCUCCCGGCCUACUGGGCUCUGGCUCGAGUGGGCAAAAGGUGUCACCGGCCGACCUGAUGAUCGCUUCGCCGGCCGGCCUGUUGACCUGUAGCCAAGGCAACGGCUUUGCGAUCACGGCCGGUGUGAGUCGAGUGGAGUCGAGUGAUACGUCGCCCUGUCUGGCGCAUCAGCUGCACCCUCAGACCGGCUUUUCCAGUCCCGCCGGGUUCAUGGCCGGCGGGUGUCUUGUCGAGGAUGUGUGUCGCCUCGAUCGAUCGAUUGCAGCGCCUAAAAUGCGUCUGGUCGAAUUGAUGGCCUACAUGGACCGAUGCCUGUUGCCGGGUGGUGACGAGGAUAGGACAACCGGGAAGCCGUCGGCCUCGGAGAACGGAGUGAGUACUCGCCAGGCAGGCCUGGUCCGAAGAGCUCCCUUACAGGCUGCUUUGUCUUCUUCCUCCACCACAUCCUCAUUCGCUCCAUAUUCACUUUCUCUCCUUUUUCACUUUUCUUCAUCAUCCUCUGCUGCUUUUGCUUUUUAUUCUCCUUCUCCUUCUCCUUCUCCUUUUUCUUCUUCCUCUUCUUUAUUUUCUCCUUCUUCUUCUUUCUCUUUCUUUUCUUCUCCUUCUUCUUUUUCUUCUUCUUUUUUUUCUUUUCUUCUCCCGCGUCUUAUCCCUCUUCAUUACCACAUUGUCCUUAUUCUUCUUCUGCAUCAUCUUCAUCUCAUAUACUUUAAUACAUCAUUUUUGUCUUCUUCAUCAACCUCAUCUUCCUCCAUUUUCUUUUCGGCCACACAAAUCUGUCCCAACAGCAAUUCGCCCAGGGAAUGGACUCAGAAAGCAGAUUCCCACUUGAUGUUAGUGUGCGUAUCAGUGCAUGUGUGCCUCCGUGUUUGCGUGCGCGCGCGCGCGCGGGUGUGCAUUUGUGUAUGCUUUUUUGGUGGGGCCUUUGAGGCCCACCGGUCCACUCAAGUUAAAACCGGAUCCCGAGUCGCGUUGCCAUCGCUACGACAUUGUCACGAUUACCCUCUGGGCGGGUGGAUUGUAUUGAGAGCCUUUAGUUGA